CGCCGGCUCGGCGCUGGCUCUAGUACUCGUGCCGUACGCGGUGAGCACGCUCCUCGGCCACCAGCAGCCGCUGCUGCCGCUUGUGAGUGACUCGGGCGUGUGCGCGCCCGAGUCAUUCCUCUUCACUCUGCUGGGCUCGCUGCUUGCCGUGCUAAUGAGCCUCAUCAGCUGCCGGCUAUAUGCGGUGACCCCGCGCGGCUGGCUCUCCGCGCUCAGCCUGGCUCUUGGCCUGGCCUGCUCGGCCGGCCAGCUGACCCUCGCCUGGUGCGCCGAAGCCGGGCCCCGGAGGAACGCGCACUUCGUUGGUGCGUAUGUGGCGUUCGGCUGUGGCCUGGCCUUCAUUGGCCUACGCACGCUGCUGACGCCAGCCGGCUUGAACAGACUGAGGCUCUUCAGGGUCGUUCUGUUUGGCAUCGGCGGCCUUAGCGUGGUGGCAUGUCUCGUCGGCGACUGGUUGGUGCCAUCCGGGGCCUGGUCAGCUCGCCUCGAGCUGGUGGCGACUUGUGAUGCUUCAGCAAUGGAGACGUUCCGACUCAGCGAGUCAGGCAGAAUGUGCACCGUCUUCACCGUGGCCGAGUGGAUCGCUUCGCUGAGCUCCGUGGUCUUCUACGCGACCUUCAGUGCCGAACUCGGUGGCUGGCCCCGCUUCGGCCAGCGGAAUCUUGACAAGCCUGCCAGCUGAAAUCGCCGGGCGUCUUCCUGUUCCCUUUUUAAGCGUUUCCUUGAACUAAAAACACCCACAGCAGUCGUCACGCGGCGCUGCUCAAGUCUCU